GGUCAGUACUUCACCUGUAGUUGAAUUUCUCUGUUUAAUAUUUAAAUGAUAUCCAUCUUCUCCUUUCCAAAAUAUCAACGGGUACUGCAGAGCAUCAUAGGAACGAUGAUUGUCUUGAAUUAUUUGCACUGUAUUAUCUCUGCGUUGUAUACGUAUAUCUCUAUGUUCAGUUGGAUCACCAGCCAUAAUCAGCCCUAUCACGCAAUUCAUCGUACACUGUUUUUUCGGAAAAGUUACGAAAUUGCUUUCAUGCAAUUCGAUUAUCUUAAAAAGUAAGUUCGAAAUUCGUAAAGUGACAUUCACAGAAUACAUUCGAAUCGUCAAAUUUGGAAGUUUUUUUAAAUUAUUCUACGACGCGUUUUUGCUAACGGAAAAAUUUAAGAAUAUACUAAAAAAGAAGAAAUAAAGCAAAAAAAAAGGUUCAAAUGUAAGUUUUUACUGAAUUUAAGUUAAUUGCAUUUGUUAAGGAUAAAAUAUAUUUCAAUUUGAUUUCCACAGGUCUAAAGUAAUAACCACGAAACAACAAUAUGCGCUUCUGCUUGAACUUUUGCAGCAAAAGCCCGAAAUGGCGCAGGGUUUUUCAAAGUGUCCUAAGGAAGUAGCAGCGGAAUUUUGGAGUAAAGUAGCCGAUGAACUCAACAGUGUAGGCCCCCCCCAUAAAGACAUUUCAAGCUGGAAGAAGCUAUGGCUAGAUUGGAAGGCUUAUAUUAAAAGGAAAUUGGCCGAAAACAAAAAAGAACAGUCAGCUACUGGUGGCGGUCGAAAUAGACAGCACCAUUUCAGCGAAUUGGAAGAAGCUAUAAUCAAAUUAACGGCGUUAGAGACGAGUACUAACGGCAUACAAAACACAGUGAGUGUGGGUUUAUCUAUGGCAGUUGACACUGAUGAGGCCGAGGCCGAUAUAUCGCUACCUUCGAUAAGUUGUAGCCCUGCACUGCCAAGAUGCAGUACUAAGCCACCAGAAACAAAUACAAUUGAUUUAGUAAAAGAACAACUUUUACUUCAAAAAGAUUUUCAAAAAAAGGUUUUUGAAAAGUUAGAUGAUCUUUCUUCAGAUAUGCGCCGAUUAUGCGACCUAAAGAAAGCAGAAGUGGAAGAAAUCGGUAGGCAUAAUAGAGCAAUGGAAAAUUUAAUUGCUGCAAAAAAUUCUAUUAAGCAGCAAAUGUUGCAAGUAGAGCAAUAAAGCUUGCAUUAUCAAAAAUAUUUAAAUAAAUAAAA